GAAGAUGAUCCUAAACAAAGCUCUGCUGCUGGGGGCCCUCGCCCUGACUGCCGUGAUGAGCCCCUGUGGAGGUGAAGACAUUGUGGCUGACCAUGUUGCCUCCUAUGGUGUGAACUUCUACCAGUCUCACGGUCCCUCUGGCCAGUACACCCAUGAAUUUGAUGGAGACGAGGAGUUCUACGUGGACCUGGAGACGAAAGAGACUGUCUGGCAGUUGCCUAUGUUUAGCAAAUUUAUAAGUUUUGACCCGCAGAGUGCACUGAGAAAUAUGGCUGUGGGAAAACACACCUUGGAAUUCAUGAUUAAACAGUCCAACUCUACCGCUGCCACCAAUGAGGUUCCUGAGGUCACAGUGUUUUCCAAGUUUCCUGUGACGCUGGAUCAGCCCAACACCCUCAUCUGUCUUGUGGACAACAUCUUUCCUCCUGUGGUCAACAUCACAUGGCUGAGCAAUGGGCACUCAGUCACAGAAGGUGUUUCUGAGACCAGCUUCCUCUCCAAGAGUGAUCAUUCCUUCUUCAAGAUCAGUUACCUCACCUUCCUCCCUUCUGCUGAUGAGAUUUAUGACUGCAAGGUGGAACACUGGGGCCUGGACGAGCCUCUUCUGAAACACUGGGAGCCUGAGAUUCCAGCCCCUAUGUCAGAGCUCACAGGGACUUUGGUCUGCGCCCUGGGGUUGUCUGCGGGCCUCAUGGGCAUUGUGGUGGGCACUGUCUUCAUCAUCCAAGGCCUGCAUUCAGUUGGUGCUUCCAGACACCAAGGGCUCUUGUGAAUCCCAUCCUAAAAAGGAAGGUGCAUCACCAUCUACAGGAGAAGAAGAAUGGACUUGCUAAAUGACCUAGCACUAUUCUCUGGCCUGAUUUAUCAUAUCCCUUUUCUCCUCCAAAUGUUUCUUCUCUCACCUCUUCUCUGGGACUUAAGGUGCUAUAUUCCCUCAGAGCUCACAAAUGCCUUUCAGUUCUUUCCCUGACCUCCUUUCCUGAAUUUUUUUAUUUUCUCAAAUGUUACCUACUAAGGGAUGCCUGGGUAAGCCACUCAGCUACCUAAUUCCUCAAUGACCUUUAUCUAAAAUCUCCAUGGAAGCAAUAAAUUCCCUUUUAUGACGCCUCUAUUGAAUUUUUCCCAUCUUUCAUCUCAGGGCUGACUGAGAGCAUAACUUAGAAUGGGCGACUCUUAUGUUUUAGGCCAAUUUCAUAUCAUUCCCCAGAUCAUAUUUCAUGUCCAGUAACACAGCAGCAACCACGUACAGUGUAUCCUGAUAAUUUGUUGAUUUCUUAACUGGUGUUAAUAUUUCUUUCUUCCUUUUGUUCCUACCCUUGGCCACUGCCACCCACCCCUCAAUUCAGGUACCAACUAACCCUCUGCCGUUGGCUCAGAAUGGUUAUAGCAGAAAUACAAAAAAAAAAA